GCGGUCACCGUUCAGCUUGGUGAACCUGUAACUUUUACUUGUGGUGCUAUGGACAACUUUCAGAGCAGCACAUGGCUUCAAUGGUACAAGCAAAGUGAAGGAGAUACUCUGAAAUUAAUCGUAAUGCAGCCAAAAAAUGUUGCUCCCAGUUAUGGACCAGAAUUUGCUUCAAGAUUCAAAGCAACAAAUUAUGGAACAAUUAGAAAACUAACAAUCCUUAGAGUAGUUCAACAAGAUGAAGGGAUGUAUCACUGUGCUCUUAUAGGCUGGACUGAAUCUACAUGGACUGGGACUUAUUUGAAAGUAAAAGGAAACACAGAGGGGAUAUUAAACAGCACUAUUAUUCAGCAGGCAGAACCGUCCCACUUUCUUUGUGUGAAGAAAGUGGGAGUUAGCAUAUUUACUCUGUGCACAGUCUCGACCCUAAGCCUGAUGGUUAUUGUUGUCCUUAUCUGCAUAAUCAUCAAAAAGAAAAGUGACUCCUCUGAAGAUGGUGUUGAGCUGCAAAAACUUUGCAGUCAGGACACAUUAAAGGGACACAAGAACAAAUGGAUCUACACUGCUGUCAUUUUCACUGUAAUGAAACUGGAGAGUGGACCAAUAAACUCAUCAGCUCAAAGAGAGAGUAUUUAUACUGCUGCAAAAGCCUUUGGGUUAUAGCUGCCAUGCAACAUAUGUUUCACAUGCAUUGGAUAAUGUCACAAUGUAAGACAGGAUAUACUGUUUUUUUUAAGAAAGUGUCUAUUAGUGUAACUACAAUAAAUAUAAUUUAACAUUUCAUCAUGAGGAGUCCACAGAUUAUAUGCCAGUGUCUCACUAAUUUCAACUUUUCUUUGAUUAACUAUUGGAUUCAUUCAUAGUGUCACCAGACUGCUGGAUCUUAAAGUCGGUCAUGAACAAGAUUCUUAAAUGUAACAAUCAAAGUUCAGAUUAAUUAGUUUUGGAAUGCAUGUUAUGCUGUGAAAAUGUGUUUUUUGCAACAAUUUUAUUCUUCUACUGAUAUUUCUUUAUUUCAGCUUUUGUUCCUCUCUUCACCAUCCCAUCACAAAUCUGUUUCUCAAUACACAAACAUACAUUUAGUAUCGCUAUUAGUUCCCUGUAAAGUUUAGUUUUCUAAAGUAUUUUGAAUCAUAAGUUUCUUGAAACAUGAAUUUUAUGUAAUUCUACAAGGCAUUACGGGUUGAACAGAUCCUUCAAUGAUC